UGAUCGGCAGCCACGCCACCCAACGUCUCCCUGUCCAAGCGAGUGGACCGAGCAUGGACUGAUGCCACAUGUCGGUGUCGUGUCCAGUUCUCAUGUCAGUGACGAGGAGCUCCGUCCGUGCGGGCCACCGGCAUCCGGCAUGCAUGACCGGCACGUCGCCGUGUCGCAGGCAUGCACUAGCCAAGUGAGACAGGAGCAGUGAGACGUCUCCCCCAAACUUCGCGUCUGUCUAUUCUCGUCUCUUUAGCGCUUGGCGUCUUUUUGCCCGCAUUAGCGGACUACCACGUAAACCGCAGACCGCGGUAACGUACAUCCGUAGUUUGGAACACGAGGGAUCGCGAGGGAGAAGAUGCCGACCACACACUGCCGAUCUUAGCAUUCCACCGCCGGGUCCGAAGAUAAGCGUAGCAUACGUACUCACGAGGCGUUGUAUGCCCGCGUUGAUCGCGAUGUCUUAUCACCUCCAGAUGUCCCUCCUCCGCAUUCCAGUACCCCAGUGCCCCGUACGCCUGCCCGUAUCACCCCGCACGCCGGUAGCACACGUCACCUCCACUGACGGACUGCGGCUGAUUGUUAGCCCCACAUACGACAGCUACCUGAACCAAAGGAGCGAAACAGCGAUAGGCACCCCGCGCGGCCAAGGGCCACCGGAUGUCAAACCCCCGGCCUGCAUGUUGUCGUAUCACCUGCCAUCUCCAUCUUCGCCGAGAGAAGUCCAGACCCGCCCGACCGUCGUCGGCCCCCCUUACGGCCCCCUACGCCUCGCAGGGCCAGCGCAGAAGCCGCACGACCCCGCUCCUCACCACCGUCCUCGUGGUGUAGUGGUUAUCAUACUCUCUUAGGGACUGCUAUGGGAGUGGCCCCGCGUUCGAAUCGCGGCGAGGACCCACGGGCUUCAAUGUCCGAGCUGGAUGCCUUUUGGGUGCGGUUUUGUUGCAGACAGGAGAUAAGAUGGUCUGCCAGCUGCCAGACCUUUGAGACACCGUCGGCGCAAGCGAUAGUGGUAAAGGUGCGCCGUGCCCCAACGUUUGUGAUGAAUGUACAAUUUGACGACUGAAUA